AAUCCUGCGCACCUGGCGAACCAUCUCAUUUGCAACUUCUUGCGACCUUCCCCUCCAGUUGCAGCAGAUCAAAACUCGCUCCUCCAGCACACGAAACCACAGACUGGAGGCUUUGCUGGUUGAAUACCUCGACGAAAGGUUUCGGCGAGAAGGGAACGCAAGAAGGCUCACACAGCAGGAUUCGGUCAUCCCAAUAGUUUCAACAAACUUCGGUCAAUCUCGGUUUCAACAGCUACAGUCGAAAUGGCGUUCGAAUUCCUCCCAUUCCUAUCCGCCGUCUUUGGCUGGGUCUACUUCCUCUGCUGGUCCGGCUCUUUCUACCCGCAGCCUCUCCUUAACUAUCACCGGAAAACCACGGCCGGCACAACGGUUGACUUUCCCUUGAUCAACUGCCUAGGCUUCCUCGCCUACUUCGUCUCGAACGCCGCAUUCUACUACUCCCCCGUCGUCCGCGCCCAGUACGCCGCGCGCAACCACGGCCUUACCCCGACAGUCGCCUUCAACGACAUCACCUUUGCCGCCCACGCCCUCCUCCUCUCCUGCAUCACCACCUCGCAGUACGUCCCCAAACUCUGGGGCUUCACCCCCGCGCCGGGCACGAACCCGAGCCGCUUCAUCUCGGGCAUCGCCUCGGGCUGCAUCGUGGGCGUCGCCGUCGUCGGCCUCAUCGUCGCGUCCGCCCCGGGCGACGGCGACCCCGUCACGAGCUGGUGUGCCCUCGACGUCGUCUACGCCGUCUCUUACGUCAAGCUCGUCAUCACCCUCAUCAAGUACACCCCGCAGGUCAUUACAAACUACCGCAACAAGUCCACAAAGGGCUGGUCCAUCUGGCAGAUCCUGCUCGACUUCUCCGGCGGCCUCCUCUCUGUCGCGCAGCAGGCAAUCGACUCGUACCUGCAGCGCGACUGGUCCGGCAUCACCGGUAACCCCGUCAAGUUUGCGCUGGGUAAUGUUUCCAUGGUCUACGACUUGGUCUUUAUGACCCAGCACUACAUCUUGUACCGCGGCUCUGACGGCAAGGCCGACGAGAGAGAUUCGCUUCUCCGUGUGGACGAUGAGGAGCAUCAAAGACUAGACUAGAGUAGAGUAGACUCGUUGUACAUGUACAUAUAUACUUAUCUUUAUCCACUACGCCUACGGGAAAUGGAUGCCUCGUUGACAUCAGGCAUGACAGGUUGGCAUUAUGACUACGUGACUGUACAUCUCAAGCCAUCUGAAGACGUUCAAGGUAGUCUAAGAAGAAACUCUAGUAAUUCCAAGAACUAUAUCACUACGGUCUGUUUCUUACACAUUGUAUCCAUGAUUUACGACUCUUGAGUUUUGACACAACUAUACCGUCUCACGUUACAGUAACACAAAAGAGGAACUUCUUUCAAAGGGAGAAGAAAAAAGGCUUCUACAAAACACAAAAUGAACAAAACUGAAAAAAGUGAAAUGGAGGAAUUG